UUUUCUGCAGUGCCAAGUCUUGAUCUUGCCGUUGUUACUUUGAUUUGGUUUGCUCUUCACUCAACCUAAGAUCUGCAUUUCUGGCCUAUUUGACCGGUCCGUUAGGAUCCAGAGUUUGCUCUGUGCUAUACUGAACCGAGGAUGUUGCGACGUGCGAUUUCCUCUGCGACAGCUCUAUGCAGGCCGUUGUUUGUGCCUCGAGCUGCUUCGUAUGGGAACACAGCUUUGCAAGCACAAGGCGUGGAGACCAAUGUCGAAGUACCUGCAGUUCCACCGGAGGAUGUAGCGCUGGUGAACGGUGUGCCGCGCCACUACAUGGUGCGCACGGUGCGCAUCUUCUCGCCGUGCAAGAACGCCAUGCAGUCGGGCACGUACGGCACGCACCACUGGCGCAUCGAGUGGCCCAACGAGGAGCGCUGGGAGAACCCGCUGAUGGGCUGGUGCUCAAGUGCUGACAUGCACUCAAACCUGUGUGUAGAGUUUGACACGAAGCAGCAAGCGAUAGACUACUGCAUUCGGCAAGGAUACCAGUAUGAAGUGGAUGAGCGACAGGCGGCGACGAAGAGACCGAAAUCGUAUGCCGCCAACUUCCAUUAUUCCCGACGCACUCGCAUUGGAAACAAAUAAGCCUGUCCGGAUGGUGGAUGUGCCGACAUCUGUCUUAUUUAAUGCUGCUGCUGGUGCUUAGUGUACAUAUUGGCGUGUCCUUGUUUGUUGCUUAUCCUGCUGGAUGAUUUGUGUGUGUGCGUGUGUGUGUGUGUGUGGUGUGUCUAGGUGUACGAGUGGAUCGUUAAACUUUGAUAGUGAAUUGUUGACAUCACCCUAUUGUAUCUGUAUUCCAUUCUUACUUUCCUUUUAAAUUAGUGUGUAUAAUUAUGUUCUCAUUUAUCUGAAGAUGGCAGCAAGUUAGCUGGCUGUCUUAUAGUCCUCUGCACCCGGUGUGCAUCGUGUAUCUCUUACUCCAGCAUUCUAUUUACCCGUAUUCUCGCUGAUACUGUAUUGCUUUUUACCCAGGCUCCUUUAGAAUCUUAGGAUAGUCGUUCUCAAAGUGUUUCUAGGUUGUGUUUUAGACUGAAGUGGAUUGCAUGAUUGUUUCCUUUGCGAUGGUUUUCAUUCGUGAACUACACUGUACAACUAUUCAA